AUGAGACCUAAGUUUAGUAGGUUUAGUCCCGGUACGCGCAAACUUAGUAAGAUUACGUUCAGUAAUCUUAAGCUUAGCAGGCUUAUUCUUAGUAAGCUUAGGCUUAUUAGACUUAAGUAGGCUUAGGUUUAAUACGUUUAGAUUUUUUAGGCUUAGACUUAAAGGCUUAGUAGGGUUUGUUUUAAUUUGAUUCUUGUUCUUAGGUUUUGGUUUAAGCUUAGUCUUGUGCUUAAGCUUAGGCUUCUAUUUUGUAUUAUGCUUGCGCUUAGGCUUUGUAUUAUGCUUGCGUUUAAGCCUAAUAUAAGGCAAAACUUUACUUUAAAAUUUAGUAUGCUUAUUACAAGUUUCAGUUUUUUGUAAUUUCAGGUAUUUUUAGGCUUAAUAGGCUUUUUUUAGGCUUAACAUUUGAGUUAGUCCAGAAAUCAAAAUUUAUGUGGAAAGUCUACUUCGAAUAAACCCACCUGAAGGAAACUGGACAGAUGUGGCGUUGAAGCUAAGAGAAGUAACGGCGGCUACAAAAGUGGAAGAAAAAGUGAGGGAAGAUUCAGAAGGCCAAGUGAUCAGAGAAGCCAGACUCAGAAGAAGAAUGAUUAAGGAGAGAUUUAACAGGGGAGAUGAAUCCCUUGAAGCCUUAAAAGAGGCUAGCAAGUCAAUUAGAGAGAUGAUGGAGGCAAAGAUGAGAAGAAGACGGGAGGAAACACUGAUUAGAGCCUUGGAAACAGGAAAGUUGAAGAAAGGAGCCAGAAGCAUGACGAAGAUGGAAGAAGAAGAAGGAAUUAUAGAUGAGGAAGGAAGGGAAGUCUGGUUAGACAAAGAAAAAGCUGAAGUUAUAGCAAAUUAUCUUGGUAAGAUAUACAAAUCGAGAUCGGAGAGAAAGCCAGCUGAGCCAGAAGCUAAAUCAGAAGUUGACGAAGAGUGGAUAACAGAGGAGGAAGUUAGAUGGGCGGCCUCAAAGAUACGGAGCGGAGCAGCAUCUGGACAUGACCUAAUUCACAGUGCAGUUGUGAAGUUUGGAACAGAUGUUAUCGUGAAACAACUCCGAGAUAGCAUCAACAAUAUGUUUAACACCGGAGAAUUCCCGUAAGAAGUGGUUGUGGCGAAAACCAUCAUGCUAAAGAAGAAGAAGAACAUCAGAACUUUGGACAAUCUGAGGCCGAUAAGUCUGCUAGGACCAAUUUACAAAUUGAUCUCUAGGCUAUCAAUUGGAUGCUUAUCAGUAGUACCAGCCAGUACAUCAGCACAGAACAAGCUGCAUUCAGGAAGGGAUGGUCAACCGUUGAUUACUUAG